AUGCUCCUCCACGACGACCACGAUGCUUCGUCUCCAUCCAGAAACUCCUCCCCCGAUGUCGUCCUUAUGGUCGCCAAUCCAGAUGUCGAACGAGUGGAAAGAGGAACAAGUCCUCACCGACCAGAUGCUGGACGAAUUGAUAGAGGAACAAGUCCUCAACAACCAGGAUCUACCGGGGUCCUCCUCACCCCUCAUAUCAACAACUUCUCCGACGACGACGCCGAAGACUACGCCAAGUUCAAGGAAAGGGAAAGAACCCGAAGACCCUCACCGGAGAGGGCCUCACGAGAUGCACCACGGCAUGAAAGUUCUGAUGACCGAAACCAGUCGAGCCUUGGCCAAUUACCAGUGGGAGUUCCACCUCCUAGUGAAGGCACGCCAAAUAGUAGAGUUGCAGGUCCCUCGGGAUUUCGAGCAAGAACGGCAGCUCAACUCCCAAGCCAUGGAGAAGCUGAACCAAUACCAGUUCUAUCAGAAACUGCACCUCCGCCAGUACCAACUAGUGGACCGAUUCCCAGCUCCAUGGGAGGACCUACCCCUCGUACAGAUCCUCACGCCGGAGAACUGGAGCGACACGCGGACGCGCUCCUCCAGCGGAACACCAUCUCCGCGGUAAUACAAAUGGCCACAGCCAUGGCCCUCCAAAGACUCGCUAACUUCUCGGCAGGACAACCCGGGAAUGAACAUAGCGACGUACCUCGACGACUGGCUAGUGCCACCCUCCUCAUCCACCCUGACGAGUUCUCCCAAUACGUCAACCGAGAGCUCCUUCCAGCUCUCCUCUUCGGAGGAGAAUUGGGAAACGUCCAGCCAAGCAGAACCAACCCUUUCCGAGUUGUCACUUGGAACGUACCACGUCCCGGAGAACAUCCCACGCCUGUACCAAAUCCAAGGAGGGUUCCGCGUAUGGUCGUGGAGCGCCCUCCACCGAGACAACGAGAGGUUCCUACAGCGCAUAGCCAUACCGCGACUCCCCCCUCUCACCGGAUACGAGGUUUUCCCUUAUCCCAAGGAAAUACCGACGAGGAGGAACCGCCCGUCUAUCGAAGAAAUGAGGGAAGGCGGAGUCGGGGAAACCAGGCAACCCUUGGACGCGGAACAACUGCUGGCCGGAGUAUUCGACACCGGCCUGGAUCGCCUCCUCCUAGUGCUCGACUUCGUACGCACGAAAGAGAGGAUAACCGAAGUAGCCGCAGAACUCGCCGCACUGAUUCGGAGGCUCGAAGAAAUAGCUCGUGGACUAGAUCCGAGCUCGAUGCAUGGGAUGCUCUAGACGAUCCCGGAAAUUACGACGAAGCGGACCCCUACUAUCGACCUGACGAAGGGGGCGGGGAUUAUCAAGGACCCUUCGAUUAUUAA